AUGCCUACCCAUUUCUCAAAGUCUGGGAUUCUUCUUGCAGGCAGUGGAUGUUCCUGGAUGCAAGACAAUUCUAUGCGUCACAACAAUGCUGCCGGCAGUGAAUGUGGGCAGGGCCAAUUGUAUUCUGUGUUUCCUACACAGCCUGCAGAAGUUUCUUCUGUGCAGGACCUUUUUAGCUUUAUAUGCUCAGGUCCAUUGAUAAACAAAUUGGGUCUGACCCCAGAAGCAGUGGCUGAGUGCAUUGACAAAUGGUUGUCCUAUGGGUUGCACCUCUGUCGGCUGUUUCAGCUCAAUGAAUUGUAUCUGACGGAGCCUCAAAAAGUUAGGCUUUAUCACUACUAUAUUCCGGUAUUUUUUUGGUGUGAUGAUCAGAUUUCUCAGCACAGAUCCUUGUACAAAGAUGGAGAAGAUAUACCUCCUCUAGUGAUUGGUUUUAGUGCACCACAAGGUUGUGGAAAGACUACACUUGUGUUUGCUCUUAAUUAUCUAUUCCAAAUUACGGGCCGGAAGUCUGCCUCAAUAUCCAUUGAUGACUUUUAUUUGACGGCAGAGGGUCAGGCCAAACUACGAGAAGCAAAUCCAGGAAAUGCACUUUUAGAGUUACGUGGAAAUGCAGGGAGUCAUGAUCUUACAUUCUCUGUUGAAACCCUGUCUGAUCUAAGCAAAUUGAGUAAAGAAGGUAUGAAGAUGAAGCUUCCCCGAUAUGAUAAGUCUGCUUACAAUGGAAAGGGUGACAGGGCUGAUCCGUCAACAUGGCCAGAAGUUGAAGGGCCACUUACAGUUGUUCUAUUUGAAGGUUGGAUGCUUGGUUUCAAACCCCUUCCUGUGGAAGUUGUCAAAGCAGUUGAUCCGCAGGCAGAGAUUGCCAUGAGAGAGGCAGGGAACCCUGGAAUGUCUGAUGACGAGGUAAAAGAUUUUGUUUCACGGUACUUGCCAGCAUACAAUGCUUACCUUCCCACCCUUUACUCGGAAGGACCAGAAGGGUCGGACCCAAAGCGCCUCAUCCUCAUAGAAAUUGAUGAGGGAAGGAACCCUAUCCUUGGAAACUAG